UCUUCUCAGUCCUUCACUAUGAUGGUCCUCAAUAACACCAAUGCUUAGCCUUUGAUCUUCUUCCUGACUGGUAUCCCAGGCCUGAAAGCAGCCCAGGUCUGGUUCUCCAUUCCCUUUUGUCUUCUGUAUGCCAUUGCAGUCUCUGGAAACAGCUUGAUCCUGAUGGUGGUCUUCUAUGAGCAGAGCCUUCAUGAGCCUAUGUAUUAUUUCCUUUCCAUGCUUUCAGUCAUAGACCUGAGCUUGUCCUUGUUUACACUUUCUACUACCCUUGGCGUCCUCUGGUUUGAAGCCAGAGAGAUCAACUUAAAUGCUUGCAUUGCCCAGAUGUUCUUUCUCCAUGGGUUUACUUUCAUGGAGUCUGGGGUUCUGCUAGCCAUGGCCUUUGAUCGUUUUGUGGCCAUCUGUGACCCACUGAGAUGUACCACCAUCCUUACCAAUGCCAAGAUUGCCCAGAUUGGGUUGAUCCUGUUGAUAAGAAAUGUUGCUGUCAUGUUGCCAGUUGUGCUCUUUGUCAAGAAGUUAUCCUUCUGCAGUUCUCUGAUCCUUUCACACUCUUACUGCUACCAUGUUGACCUCAUUCAGCUCUUAUGCACUGACAACAGAAUAAACAGCAUCCUUGGAUUGUUUGCACUAUUCUCCACUACAGGGUUUGACUGCCCCUCCAUCUUGAUCUCCUAUAUUCUGAUCGUUCGAUCUGUCCUCAGCAUUGCUUCCUCAGAGGAGCGACAGAAAGCCUUUAAUACCUGCAUAUCCCACAUCAGCGCUGUUGCCAUCUUCUGCAUCCCUCUCAUCAGCUUGUCUCUUGUCCACCGCUAUGGCCAUUCAGCGUCUCCAUUUGUUCACACCAUCAUGGUUAAUGUAUUUCUGCUUAUUCCUCCUGUACUCAACCCUAUUAUCUACAGUGUGAAGACUAAGCAGAUUCGAAAGGCUAUUAUCAAGAUGUUAAUUCAGAAGCAGGGACAAUUCUAA